CCGGGUCCCUUCCUCGGAUAUCUGAGUCAUGAUGGGAACACGAGUCCUGGGUGCAGGACAGUUGGUGCCUCCUGCCAGCUGGGCUCCUUGUAGUUGCCUUAUGAACUCACAGGCUCUCGGAGUUCUGAACAGAAGGCGGUCGAGGGGCAGGCACUUUAUCCAAUCCCAGAAAGGGUCUCUAACCGUGUGACUGAGAAUUCAUCUAGAGAAACCUAUAUUUUUAACAUUAAAACAAACGGGGGCUUCCCGGACCUCACAGAGUAUUGGAUGUCUACAAGUGCUUUUAUAUUUUGUAACUGUAAAGAGGUUUCCUACGCACAGAAGAGCAGUUGGGAGUCUGGUCGACUGCCCUAAAACAAAAUGACCUCUGCAUGUACAAAGAUGUUGCAUUCAGACUAUGAAAACAGCAAAUAAAGCUUUGACGCGAGCUGCACUGGAGAAGUGGGCGUGUCAGUGUGUGGAUGAAUGGGCGGCCCCACGCAUGCAUGCCUGUCACCAGCUGAGUCAGUCUCUCCUCUGUGCUGAGCUGGGGGCCAGGCAGCGGGAGGCCGUAGCGGGGGUCCUGGGAGAGGGGCCCUGUGGACACAAAGCAGGAUGUCCGUACAACGUGGGGGUUGAAUCCUCAUUCUGCCUCCUCCUGACUCUGGGGUGUGUCUGAACCCCCACCAUUCUCCAAAAUAGGGGUGGUGACAGUGACAUUAGUGGACAAAAGGUUAAGGCAGCGGUUCUCAGUUGGGUGGAUUUUGCCCCUGUGGACAUCAACUGGCAAUGACAGGAGACAUUUUUGGUUAUCACAGUGGGGUAGGGCGUUGCCAAGGGCAACUAGUGGGAAGAGACAAAGGAUGCUGGUAAAAUCCUAUACUGCACAGGACAGUCUCCCCCAAUCCAUCAUCACAAAGAAUGAUCCAGCCCCAAAUGGCAAUAGUGCCGAAUAGUUGAGAAUCUGGGCACAUAGUAGGUCUUCAGGAUCUAAGGAACUGAUGGUGGGGGGAGUCACACCUGAUAGGCUGUCUCCACCACUGUCUUCCCCUUAGAUUCCCCGCAAGUGGCCACUGAAUCCCAGGUUAAAGGGUUGAAACCAGCUGUGCUUUCCAUGAGCACCAGCGGGAAGUAGCCCCUUGGCUGAAAUGGUCAUUAGUAGGAGGGAUCUUCAGUGAGUAGAAGUAAUAAAGUAACAAAAAUGAGUGCUUUGCUUUCCUGAUCUCUCAAUGGCUGGAGUAAGAAUCUCCAUUCAUAGGUGAGGAGGCUGUAGCUCUGACUUUCAGUAAGUCAUCCAAGGUCACCCAGCUCCACCUGUUUCCAGAGUCCAGCUGUCACUCACAUGUCCAGGGGUACAGGGGUCUUGGGUCCUGCCUCUGACCGGGCUCACUGUAAAAUGAACACUGAAUGUGAUUUUCACCUUUUGCCUUUUUUCUUAAAAGCAAAAAAAACUCUCCAGAUUCCUUUCAGUUAGUGAAAACAAGUACUAAUUAACGUAGAUCUUUCAUAAAAGCAAAAUGGCCUAAAAGCAGGAGAAUUCUGUAGCUAUCAUGGGUGAAGUUUUUCUUUGUUAGACACACACACACACACAAAUGCCUGGAUCUUUUUUUUUUUUUUGAUCAUAAAUAAGGUGACUGUCAUGAUCAUCUUUAUUUCUACUGAGGCUAAGAGCUGGGUCCUGGAGCAGGCCAGCCCCUCCUUCUCUCUCCUGUGUGACCCCGGGUAAGUGACUUCACCUCUCUGAACUCAAGUUUCCCCCUCUAUAAAGUGGGGAUCUCAAUUCCUCCCCUACAGAAGGCAGCAUGAGGACUGAAUGCUUGUGAAGCUAGCAGAGUGCUGUGCACAUAGUAGGUCUUCAAUAAAUGGUCACUGUUAUUUGUGUAUGCCUUCUUUUCAUAUAUUUUUUCUUUUUUUAAUUGAAGUAUAGUUGAUUUAUAGCAAAAAGCGAUGCAUUCUUUUUCAUAUUCUUUUCUAUUAUAGGUUAUUACAAGUUAUUAAAUAUAAUUUCCUGUGCUCUACUGUUGUCAUAUAUGCUUUCUGUAUGAAGAAAGUGAAUCUUUUUUUUAAUCACCAAUGCAACUCAGUUGACUGCUGGAAAUAUUCACAAUAUAGGGGUAAUGUUAAGCACGUGCUUUAGACAUUUUUGAAGAUUGCAAAAUAGACGAGUGAGUCUCAUAGUGCCUGGCAUAGCAAGUGUUUGAUAAUUGUUAUUUUUUGUUAUUAUCAACAUAAUUUAUUUUACCAACUUUUCUUGUUGGACUUCUACUUGAUUUCCAAUACUUUCAUACUUGAAACAGCUCUGUGAAAAACGUCUUUGUCUGACUGUCUGCAUGUAUGUGUGUAUGUCUAAGAAGACAUUUGCUAAGAAGACAUUUGCGUCUUUGCUGGGUCUGUUACAACUUCCCGUGGGAAUGGCUGGAAGGACUAACACCCAACAUGGAGGGUAUUUUAGGGUCAUUGGACUUAACAUUUAGGCCACAUGGCACAUGGGAAAAUGGAGAGAUUCCAGGGCCCCUGGCUUCAGGCACUGGCGCCAUGGCAAGGACGCCACGCACCCAACAGGAAGACAAGGAAAGGGAGUUGGGGGGCCCUGGGGAGCUUUCCGCCCUGAAGCCCCCCUCCCGGUGCUGUCGGGCUGCCCACAGAGCUGAUGUGGUCUGUCUGCCCCCCAGGAAGUCACCAGAGGCCACGGCUGAGGACACACAGGCACGGGGGCCUCCCUGGCCCUGCUAUUAGGGUGAAAUGGCCCGAGCGGAAUCGGGCAGACAGGGCGCAGCCUCAGCAAGCCGGGAUGUGCUGGGCUGUCAGAAAGCGCGCAUAAAUAGGGCGCGCCUUGCGGCAGCAGGCUGAGUCUGCAGACGGCGCGACCCCUCGGUUCUUCCCAAGGCGACUGCAACAGGUUCACUCUGGGAUUUGGGGACUGAGGGGCAGGUGGCCCCCAGAGGGGCAUGCUCGGCUGGCCCCCUGCACAAACUUGAGGGCCGGAGCUGAGAGCGAGGGCCCAGGACAGCCACCAAGGCCAGGGUCGAGCCCUUGGGCUGGAGCUCCAGCAGGAGGGCUACAAAGACUGAGCAGAGCUGGGGAAGGGGAGUGGGCAAACUGGAGGGCUGCUGCAUCUCCUGAGAGGCCUCCUGCUGAGGCCGGACACGGGCAGGCAGACAGCCCGUGGGCCGUGCAUCACUGGGCCCGUGUCCAGAGUAGCUGCUCCCAAGGAGUGGGGGGUGCGGGAGGCGUGGCUGGGCAGCAGGGGUGGGGUGUAGCUGUGGUUCCCUAGGGACACUGUGGACGUCUGCAGUGGGCAUGCAUGUGUGCAGGAGAGUGGAGGGGUAGGCUGUGUUUGUGCAACAGGCGGGAAGUGACCAUGUCCAAUGACCAUGGGAGACUGUGUGAGUGCGUGUGUGCACGUGUGUGUGCUGCCAAACAGGAAAACUGUCCUGUGUGUCGGCGUGUGCAGCAUCAUGAGAAUCCUUGCACGUGACCGCUGCAGGCCGGGUGUUGUGUGGCACAGCGCCUAGGGAUGAGGGUCUGUCUGUCUGCCGGGCUCUGUUUGUGCCUGUGUCUCUUUAAGCGACUGGGACACAGUCAGUCCUCCAGAAACACAUAGGGAGUGAAUAACUGAAUGCAGAGAAACGGGGCUGGAGGGGGUGUCCCAUGCCUUCUCUAGCUGUCCAUCUGUCUGUCCAUCUGCCACCACUCUGUUCUGUUCAUCCCUGUCAGCCAGCACAGGGCCAGGCACCAACUAGGUUCUCACGAAAUCUUUGGCAAAUGAAGUAAUCAGAGAACAAAAGACUACUGCUUGAGGUGCGGAAGGGGGAGAUGUCCCAGUGGAGGAAGCCCAUUGGAGGGGUCUGGAGGUGCCGGGUCCGCACAGAGCUCUGGGUGCAGGGAAGGGCCCAAUCCCAGCCUCACCUCCCUGGGCCUCAGGAUUCCCCUCUGUAAAAUGGGGGCCCUGAUCCCCCUGUCCCCGUCCCUGGGGUCCCUAGUAUGAGCUCCAUGGGUGUUUGCUGAGUGACUGAACGACCGACUCUAGGUUGUGAGUAACGACCUCAUCUCAGAGGCAGCCCAGGUUCUGUAGCUCAGCCUCGACGCCAAUCACAUCGACACCUGGUUUCGCCCAUUCUCCUUUGAUUGAAGCCACAGGUGUUUCCGGCAGGAUGGCGGAGCAGCGCAGUGCCCCGGAGCAGGCUGCCGCUGGCAAGAGUCAUGGAGGCCUCGGAGGCAGCUACAAGGUGAUCGUGUACGAAAUGGAGAACUUCCAGGGCAAGCGGUGCGAGCUCACGGCCGAGUGCCCCAACCUGACAGAAAGCCUGCUGGAGAAAGUGGGCUCCAUCCAAGUGGAGUCGGGACCGUGGCUGGCGUUUGAGUGCAGGGCCUUCCGUGGGGAGCAGUUCGUCCUGGAGAAGGGGGAUUAUCCUCGCUGGGACGCCUGGUCCAACAGCCACCAUAGUGACAGCCUCCUGUCCCUCCGGCCUCUGCACAUUGAUGGCCCGGAUCACAAGCUGCAUCUGUUUGAGAACCCAGCUUUCAGUGGCCGCAAGAUGGAGAUCGUGGACGAUGAUGUGCCCAGCCUCUGGGCUCAUGGCUUCCAGGACCGUGUGGCGAGCGUCCGGGCCAUCAACGGGACGUGGGUUGGCUAUGAGUUCCCUGGCUACCGCGGGCGCCAGUACGUGUUCGAGCGGGGCGAGUACCGCCACUGGAACGAGUGGGACGCCAACCAGCCGCAGCUGCAGUCCGUGCGCCGCAUCCGCGACCAGAAGUGGCACAAACGGGGCUGCUUCCUCAGCAGCUGAAGGGCGCCCAGGCCCCAGUGGCCCAGGCCCGCCCUGGGGGGCAGCGAGGGCAAGAAGAGGAGGCUCCAGGGCCGGGGUGAGGGCCUGCCUGGCCACCCUUCCCCAGAAUCUGCUCAAUAAAGCCUGGGGCCGGUCCCC